AAAAAACUAUUCACAGAUAAAUGGCUAUGAAAAUCUAUUCUAAUUUAUUCACUCUUUCCAAAUUUAAAAAGUGUAUCAUCUAAAUAUUGGGCUCAAUGUGCACGGCAUUGGGAAUAUAAGGGUGAGCACUGUCUGAGGAGUUUACAAUGUAGUGACUUUGCUGUAAUCUCAUUAACAAUUUAACACUUCAGUAUCAUUAGGUGCUUUAACUUCAAAGUCCUGGAGUUUUAAGGACAGAUGAGGCAAUGGAAUUCCAGGGUAUUCAUUUACUCACUUAGCCACUGACAUUUAAACAAAUUCAAGUCUCUCCCUGGACACCUUCCCUUCCCAUCACUCUCGUCUCCAGUUACUUCCUUUUUCUUUCCUCUCUCUCACAGCUAACCUUCUCAAGCACUUGUACCAUCCCUCCUCUUCAUCUGCUCACUCCUAAUCUUUUGCCUGCGUCUACCAGCACUAAUGCCCCAUGGACCCUUCUCAGCCCUCAUUUUACCCAGUUCGUCCUUUCUUAAAACAUUUUCCUCUCUUGUUUCAAUACCAUCCUGGUUUCCCCUACACAAGGGUCUCCUUGUGUAGAUUGCUGCAUAUGGCUGUUCUGUGUAAAAACUUCUCAAAACUCAAGUCCUAGACCUCCUUUUCUCAUUUUCUAAUUUUUAAUUUUAUGUUUACUUAUUUUUGAGAGAGAGCUAGACAAAGAGCAAGUGAGGAGGGAGCAGAGAGAAAGGGGGACACAGAAUCCGAAGCAGGCUCCAGUCUCUUAGCUGUCAGCACAGAGCCAACCCAUGAACCAUGAGAUCACGAUCUGAGCCAAAAUUGGAUGCCUAACUGACUGAGCCACCCAGGCACCCCUCUAAUUUUUUAAUUUUUACUGAGGUAAUCUCAUCCACUUAUAUGCUAGCAACUCCCACAUUUACAUUUUUUCCCCAGACCUCCCCUCUGAGCUGCAGACCUAUGUAUCCCACAGUAUACUUUCCACUCCUCCACCCCUUGGAGAUCUUGUUUUUUUGUUGUUGUUGUUUGGUGUUUUGUUUUGUUUUGUUUUAAGUAGGGGCUUCAUGCCCAGCACAGAGCCCAACACAACCUCAGAUUAAGACCAGAGCUGAAAGGCUGUCAUUCAAAAUAGAAGGAGAGAUAAAAAAAUUUCCCAGACAAACAAACAGUAAAGGAGUUUGGGACCACUAAACCAGCCCUGCAAGAAAUGUUAAGGGGGACUUUCUGAGGGGAGAAAAGAUGAAAAUACAUAUAUAAAAAUAAAUAAAUACCAAAACCAACAAAAGAUCAGAAAGGACCAGAGUCCACCACCAGAAACUCCAACUCUACAAGCAUCAAAUGGCAAUAAAUUCGUAUCUUUCAGUAGUCACUCUAAACAUCAAUGGACUCAAUGCUCCAAUCAAAAGACAUAGGGUAACAAAAUGGAUAAGAAAACACGAUCCAUCUAUAUGCUGUUUACAAGAGACCCACUUUAGACCUAAAAACACCUUCAGAUUGAAAAUAAGAGGAUAGCGAACCAUCUAUCAUGCUAAUGGUCAACAAAAGAAAGCCGGAGUAGCCAUACUUAUAUCAGACAAUCUAGACUUUAAAAUAAAGACUGUAUCAAGUGAUGCAGAAGGGCAUUAUAUCAUAAGGGGUCUGUAGACCAAGAAGACCUAAUAAUUGUAAACAUUUAUGUGUCAAAUGUGGUAGCACCCAAAUAUAUAAAUCAAUUCAUCACAAAGAAACUCAUCAAUAGUAAUACCAUAAUAGUAGGAGACUUCAACACCCCACUCACAGCAAUGGACAGAUCUGAUCAAAAAAUCAACAAGGAAACAAUGGCUUUGAAUAACACACUGGACCAGGUGGACUUAACAGAUAUAUUCAGAACAUUUCAUCCUAAAGCAGCAGAAUAUACAUUCUUCUCCAGUGCACAUGGAACGUUCUCCAGAAUAGACCAUAUACUGGGACAAAAAUCAGCCCUAAGUAAGUACAAAAAGAUAGAGAUCAUACCGUGCAUAUUUUCAGAUCACAACACUAUGAAACUCGAAAUCAACCACAAGAAAAAAUUUGGAAAGGUAACAAAUACUUGGAGACUGAAGACCAUCCUACUAAAGAAUGAAUGGGCUAACCAAGCAGUUAAAGAGGAAAUGAAAAAGUAUAUGGAAGUCAAUGAAAAUGAUAACACCACAACCCAAAACCUCUGGGACGCAGCAAAGGUGGUCAUAAGAGGAAAGUAUAUAGCAAUCCAGACCUUCCUAAAGAAGGAAGAAACAUCUCAGAUACACAACCUAACCUUAUGCCUUAAGGAGCUGGAAAAAGAACAACAAAUAAAGCCCCAAACCAGCAGAAUACAGGAAAUAAUAAAGAUUAGAGCAGAAAUUAAUGCUAUCGAGACCAAAAAAACCGGUAGAACAGAUCAAUGAAACCAGAAGCUGGUUCUUUGAAAGAAUUAACAAAAUUGAUAAACCACUAGCCAGCUUGAUCAAAAAGAAAAAGUAAAGGACCCAAAUAAAUAAAACCAAGAAUGAAAGAGGAGAGAUAACAACCAACACAACAGAAAUAAAAACAAUAAUAAGAGAAUAUUAUGAGCAAUUAUAUGCCAAUAAAAUGGGAAAUCUGGAAGAAAUGGACAAAUUCCUAGAAACAUAUACACUACCAAAACUGAAACAGGAAGAACUGGAAAAUUUGAACAGACCCAUAACCAGUAAGGAAAUCGAAUUAGUAAUCAAAAAUCUGCCAAAAAACAAGAGUCCAGGGCCAGAUGGCCUACCAGGGGAAUUCUACCAAACAUUUAAGGAAGAGUUAACACCUAUUUUCUUGAAACUGUUCCAAAAAAUAGAAAGGGAAGGAAAACUUCCAAACUCUUUCUAUGAAGCCAGCAUUACCUUGAUUCCAAAAUCAGAAAGACACCCCUCUAAAAAGGAGAACUAUAGACCAGUUUCUCUGAUGAACAUGGAUGCAAAAACCCUCAACAAGAUAUUAACCAACCAGAUCCAACAAUACAUUAAAAAAAUUAUUCACCAUGACCAAGCGGGAUUUAUACCUGGGAUGCAGGGCUGGUUCAAUAUCCGCAAAACAAUUAAUGUGAUUCAUCACAUCAAUAAAAGAAAGGACAAGAACCGUAUGAUCCUUUCAAUAGAUGCAGAGAAAGCAUUUGACAAAAUACAGCAUCCUUUCUUGAUAAAAACCCUCAAGAAAAUAGGGAUAGAGGAGCAUACCUCGAGAUCAUAAAAGCCAUAUAUGAACAACCCAACGCUAAUAUCAUCCUCAAUGGGGAAAAACUGAGAGCUUUCCCCCUAAGGUCAGGAACAAGACAGGGAUGUAUGCUCUUGCCACUGUUAUUCAACAUAGUAUUGGAGGUCUUAGCCUCUGCAAUCAGAAAACACAAAGAAAUAAAAGGCAUCCAAAUCAGCCAGGAGGAGGUCAAACUUUCAGUCUUCGCAGAUGACAUGAUACUCUAUAUGGAAAGCCCAAAAGAUUCCACCCCAAAGCUGCUAAAACUGAUCCAUGAAUUCAGCAAAGUUGCAGGGUAUAAAAUCAACGCACGGAAAUCGGUUGCAUUCCUAUACACGAACAAUGAAGUGACAGAAAGAGAAAUCAAGGAAUCAAUCCCAUUUACAAUUGCAUCAAAAACCAUAACAUACCUAGGAAUAAAUCUAACCAAAGAGGUGAAAAAUAUAUACCCUGAAAACUGUAGAAAGCUUAUGAAAGAAAUUGAAGAAGACACAAAAAAAUGGAAAAAGAUUCCAUGCUCCUGGGUAGGAAUAACAAAUAUUGUUAAAAUGUUGAUACUACCCAAAACAAUCUACAUAUUCAAUGCAAUCCCUAUCAAAGUAACACCAGCAUUCUUCACAGAGCUAGAACAAAUAAUCCUAAAAUUUUUAUGGAACCAGAAAAGACCCUGACUAGCCAAAGCAAUCUUGAAAAAGAAAACCAAAGCAGGAGACAUCACAAUCCCAGACUUCAAGCUAUACUACAAAGCUGUAAUCAUCAAGACAGUAUGGCACUGGCACAAGGACAGACACUCAGAUCAAUGGAACAGAAUAGAGAACCCAGAAAUGGACCCACAAACGUAUGGCCAACUAAUCUUGGACAAAGCAGGAAAGAAUAUCCAAUGGAAUAAAGACAGUCUCUUCAGCAAGUGGUGCUGGGAAAACUGGACAGCGACAUGCAGAAGAAUGAGCCUGGACCGCUUUCUUACACCAUACACAAAAAUAAACUCAAAAUGGAUGAAAGACCUCAAUGUAAGACAGGAAACCAUCAAAAUCCUCGAGGAGAAAGCAGGCAAAAACCUCUUUGAUCUUGGCCGCAGCAACUUCUUACUCAACACGUCUCUGGAGGCAAGGGAAACAAAAGCAAAAAUGAACUACUGGGACCUCAUCAAAAUGAAAAGCUUCUGCACAGCGAAGGAAACAAUCAGCAAAACUAAAAGGCAACCGACAGAAUGGGAGAAGAUAUUUGCAAACGACAUAUCAGAUAAAGGGUUAGUAUCCAAAAUCUAUAAAGAACUUAUCAAACUCAACACCCAAAAAGCAAAUAAUCCAGUGAAGAAAUGGGUAAAAGACAUGAAUAGACACUUCUCCAAGAAAGACAUCCAGAUAGCCAACCGACACAUGAAAACAUGCUCAACUUCACUCAUCAUCAGGGAAAUACAAAUCAAAACCACAACGAGAUACCACCUUAUGCCUGUCAGAACGGCUAACAUUAACAACUCAGGCAACAACAGACGUUGGCAAGGAUGCGGAGAAAGAGGAUCUCUUUUGCAUUGUUGGUGGGAAUGCAAGCUGGUGCAGCCACUCUGGAAAACAGUAUGGAGCUUCCUCAAAGAACUAAAAAUAGAACUACCCUAUGCCCCAGCAAUUGCACUACUAGGUAUUUAUCCAAGGGAUACAGGUGUGCUGUUUCGAAGGGACACAUGCACCCCCAUGUUUAUAGCAGCACUAUCAACAAUAGCCAAAGUAUGGAAAGAGCCCAAACGUCCAUCAAUGGAUGAAUGGAUAAAGAAGAUGUGGUAUAUAUUCACAAUGAAGUAUUACUCGGCAACCAAAAAGAAUGAAAUCUUGCCAUUUGCAACUACGUGGAUGGAACUGGAGGGUAUUAUGCUAAGUGAAAUCAGUCAGGCAGAGAAAGACAAAUGUCAUAUGACUUCACUCAUAUGAGGACUUUAGGAGACAAAACAGAUGAACAUAAGGGAAGGGAAACAAAAAUAAUAUAACAACAGGGAGGGGGACAAAACAUAGAGACUCAUAAAUAUGGAGAACAAAUUGAGGGUUGCUGGAGGGGUUGUGGGAGGGGGGAUGGGCUAAAUGGGUAAGGGUCACUAAGGAAUCUACUCCUGAAAUCAUCGUUGCACUAUAUGCUAACUAAUUUGGAUGUAAAUUUAAAAAAAUAAAAAAUAAAAUUUAGAAAAACAAAAUAGUGCAAAAUAUACUUUCAAAUAAAAUUUAAAGAAAGAAAAAAGAAAAAAAAAAAAGACCUGAGCUAAGAUCAGGAGUCGGACACUUGGGGCUCCUGGAUGGCUAAAUCUGUUAAUUAAGCCAGUGACUCUUGAUUUUGGUUCGGGUCAUGAUGUCAUGGUCAUGAGAUCGAGCACCUCCAUGGACUCUGACCUGGGUGUGCCGCCUGCCUGAGAUUCUCUCUCUCCCUCUACCUCUGCCCUCCCUAGCUCGCACUUGUCUGCAUGUGCACACAUACUCUCUUUCUCUCUCACACACACACAAAAAAGAGCCAGAUGCUUAACUGACUGAGCCACCCAAGGUGUCCCUCCACCCCUUGGAGAUCUUAAAGUCUCCUCAAACACAACAUGUCCCAAAUGGAACUCAUGAUCUUUGUCGCUCUAUGCCAAUGUUCGAUAUCUCAGUGAAUCGCCCUGUCAUCCAUUCAGCUAUACAAUCCUGAUUGUUCUUGAAAUUCUCUUCCCCUGAGUUCUGCCUUCCGUAGUAUUCAGGACAUUGCCAGUACCUUCUAAAAUAUCUCUCAGAUCCAGCCACAUCUCUAUAUCUGUGAUGCCAUCCUAAUCCAAUUUAACAUCUUCCUGUCUGGAUUACUGCAAUAGGCACCCAACUGUUCUCUCACAUCCCUCUUUUCUAGCUCUAUCUGCCCUCACUGCAAGCAGAAAAAUCUUUUAAAACUGCAAAUCUGAGCAAGCUGUUUGGAUACUUAAAACCCUUCAAUCAGCAUUGCUUGUGGCAGAAAGAUCGUGAUCUGACAACCUCUCCAACCGCAUCUCACAGCACAGUCCCCCCUGUCUUUCUGGCAUUGUAAUUUAUCUUCAGUUGCUCCCAUGUGCCAUGUUGCUUUCAGCCAGAGUCUUGUUUGAAACUCUAGUCCUUCUGUCUUUGCUAGGUUGCCUAGGUAACUCCUACUCACCCACUAGCUGUAAGGUCACUUCUUCACACAAGCCUUCCCUGACCCCUGAAACUGAAUCAUAUCCCCCUCUGCUACAGUCUCACAGCACCCAGUUUCUCUUCAUAGAUAUUAUCAUCAUUCGUAUUUAUGCAUUUUGUUGUUUAAUGAUUUGAUUAAUCUGUCUUGCCCUCUAAUGUAUUAGUUUAAUAAAGGCAGAGCCAAUAUUUAUUAUUCUUACCAUUUGAUCCUCAAAGCCUACUUGAACAGAUGGUGACCACACUCAUCGUGGUAAGCUUUUCAUAAUGUAAUUGUCAAAUCACUAUGUGAUACACCUGCAACUAAUAUAAUGUUGUAUGUCAACUAUACCUUAAUUAAAAAUUUUUUAAAUACAUAAGGUCAUUACAUUAAAAAAAAGGCCUAUUAGAGUGCCUGGCACAUAGUAGGCACUCAAUAAAAGUUUGUUGAAUUGGGGCACCUGAGUGGCUCAGCCAGUUAAGCAUCCGACUUUGGCUCAGGUCGUGAUCUCACAGUUCAUGGGUUUGAGGCCCAUGUCGGGCUCUGUGCUGACAGCUUAGAGCCUGGAGACUGCUUCAGAUUCUGUGUCUCCCUCUCUCUCUGCCCCUCCCCUGCUUGUGCUCUGUCUCUUUCUCUCUCUCUCAAAAUAAAUAAACAUUAAAAAAAUUUUUUUUAAGUUUGUUGAAUUAAUUAACAAAGGAAUGAAUAAAUGAAGGUCAUUAGUGACUUGCCCAGGAUCGAUAUAGCAAGACAGACCAUGGCCAGGUAUUCUAAAUUUUAGUCCAUGUUACUAGCCUUCUCACAAAGACCUUGUCCUCAAUUGUUCUGAAUUACUGCAACCAAAGCAACUUCACAACUCAUGUCCAAUUUCUCGACCCUACCAUUUUCUAAGGAUGGAAUUUAUGCAGCAAGGAGAUGCGAUAUGUAUAGCAUUUUUUUUUCCAAGAAAUACAUGCUAUCUUUUUGCUCUAUUUUGAAGGGUUUUUUUUUAUGAUAAACCAUGCCGCUAUUUAAAACUUGUAAAGCUUUUUGAGAUUCUCAGAAGAAAUAUAAGGCAUAGAUCACAAAGAACAGUUUUAUCUCUUGCAAUAGGAUUUCCUGUUCAAAAAAUGAUGUUAAUUUGAAAAGCUGAUACCUCCAAAAGAGCAUUCUAUUAGGUGGGUAAUCAUCAUCAUAUUGCCAGCUGCUGUGUAUACCCUUCUCUUAAGAAUGAAAAAGUAACAAUCCACUUUGUUGUGUACAAGUGCCUUGCGUGUUUUAUAAAAUCCACAUAAAAUGGUCAGUGGUUGGAGGAGAGGCUCCUGUAUUUAUAAGACAAAUAAGUUCACUGUCACCCCUGAAGAAACUUGAAGAUAUGAUUCUCAGGGGUGUUUGGUGCCUUGGAUGAAAAUGGAAUCAUUAUUUUUCAACUUCCCCUGCUCACGUCAUUGACUCCCACCUGCAGCCGGUCCAUUGGUUAUAAGUAGCCAUAAAUGGCCUUGCAGAUUGUAAGCAGGGUAGCCAACCAGGACCAGCAAAGCCAAACUCCUGGUAAGCUUUAUUAGCCCUUUCUGUGUAUUUCAUUUCCAUUUCACAUUUUGGAGUCAGAGACAAUCCAUACUUAUGCUGAUGUGGUGUGAGUCUGUCUGAGAUGUGUGUAUAAGGUGCAUUUCUCAGUUUUUGGUAUAUCUUUUCUUUUUUCUCCUCCUCCUCCUCCUCCUCCUCCUCCUCCUCCUCCUCCUCUGUUUAUUGAGACUGCUAUCUUAAUACAUACGUAUGCUUUUUUUUUUUUUAAGACUUGCACUUUCUUUGGAGACAACAAAGUGCAUUUUUUUCGAAGAUGAAAAAGCGUACUCAGACUUUCUGGGUUGUAUUCAUAAUUGCUUUGCUCAUCACUGUAUAAUGUUAUCAUCAUAGACUCCUUUAAGCUAAUAAACUGGAUUUGGGGGUCUUCAUUUGCAAAUAAACAUGGGGAAAAAAGAGGGCUGCAAAAUCCAGGUGCACCAAUAUACUAUUUUUUCCUCCCUGUCUCUCUUUAAAAAUGUUUCCUCUUUCUCUUUUUACUUUCGCCCUCCCUUCUCUCCUCCUCCCUCUUCCUUCACCUUCCUCCUACCCCUCCAACUCCUCCUUCUUCUUUUCUUUCCUUCUUGUCUCUCAGACCAUUGAUAUCUCCCUGAUCCUGCCUUCCACUCAGCUUCGUUCCACCAUGCCCAAAGCACUCCUGCUGCUGUGUGCUGUCCUGGUGCUACUUGGGCUUGUGCCUGGAGCCACAGUGAGAAACGGAGAGAAAUGGAAGCCGCUCAACAAUCCCCGGAACAGAGAGCUGUUUUUCAGAACCCUUCAGGCAUAUCUUAAGGGAAGAGGUCUUGAUCUUGGGAGAUUUCCGAACACUUUCUCCAUGAAUGAGAAUCCCAGACCCCUCUCUUUCCAAUCAGAACUUCUUGCUUCUGCAUUUGCAGAUUAUGAGGAGCAGAAAAACUCCUUUCCUAAUUACAUCAAAGGCUGAAUGUUUCCUCUGAACACAGGUGUCUGGCUAUUUUAAAACUACAGAUCAAGCUUCUCAUCAGAAAAAUUCAAUCAUGGUCAUGGCUAAACCUUUUCCCCCUCCAUUUUUGUCAAUUUAUAAUGGUUUUAUUCUACAUUUCCAGAUUUACAUAUAAAUGGGUCGAGCUUUGGGACAUAUGUGACUUAUGUGCAUAUUUUUGGAGUCUUUUUUCCAUUCUAUAAACCAUAAACAUCAAUGUAGAGCACUGGACAUAUUUCUAAGAGUUACAAAAAUACUGUAGAGUCCAAAGAGAUGAUGAUCUUUCAAAUUACCUUUCCUUUAAGCUUGUCUUUCAAGCUUGUGUGCUUAUUACAUUUUUUUAAUGUUUAUU